CAAUAAUAAUAACGAUAACGAUAGUAAUAAUAUUAAUAGUUAUAAUAACGAUAAUAAUAAUAAUAAUAGUAGUAGUAAUCAUCAGUGCCUUGAAUACGCCCGUCGGCAGCUCAUACCGGCCAUGUGCCCGGACGACCCGGCCGCAUACCGCCGGCCCGGCCGACUGUCUCGGUACCGGCUCCGGCAUUGCUGCCACCACACCGUCGAGUCGGUAGUACAGCAGCCGUACGUGGACAAGGAUUCGUGUGUCGACCAGGUGAACAAGGCGCUUGACAUGGACGAUAUCGCGGCUGCCAUGUCAUGCCAGUUCAACGAGGUGUUGGCCAGGUACGACUGCAAACAGAAGUACUCCGCCAAGUCGUGCGAUUCGUGCAAGGACGCCUACGCGUUGUGGGCGUGUGCCGCGGUUUUGCCUCACUGGACACGGACGACGGCGAAACAGGGACGCCGCGGCCGUUACAGGGUGAACGCUUGCCGGUCCGUGUGUCUGGAUGCCGAACAAAAGUGUCCGUGGCUUCUUCCGGUGGCCGAUGACGCCAACCCGUACGCCGGCGAGGCAUCCUUCACUUGUAUAGAUCCGGACAUAUGGUUCCAGACAUCGGCGACGGACGUGACCGAACAAUGCUGCUACGAACAUUGUGCGGACGGUCUGUGCGUUCGAAACGCAUCGAUGUGCAACGGUGACAGUGGCGAAACAUUGGACACCCAGCGACCGGUGUGCGUCGAAAACGUUCCGCUGGCUGUCGAGGAGUCUCUGUGCACCGAUUACAGUCUGACCGACACGUCGUCGGGCCGCGGUCGACCGGAGCUGCCACUUCAGAUGCUGUUGUGGGUGGCAUCGGCGCUGGCGCUGGCAGCGGCGGCGGCCGUCACGUAGUAGCUGACAAGGCGACGAUAGCAUGCAGCGAUGGCGAAGAACGAAGACGGCCGACGACGGGGAAAUUGGAGAUACAAAAACGAAAACUGCAAUUUCCGAAAAGAAAAAAUUAUAAAUCUAUCAUUAUUAUUAUUAUAAAUUAUUAUUGUUACUGUUGUUAUGCCACUUAUUGUGAACGGACGGUUUUUUCAUCUCAAAAAAAAAAAAAAAAAAA